ACGUCAUCGCUUGAUUCAGGAAGUAACAAGGAUCGAACUGGAUAGUUGUUGCUGAUGUGUUGCUGUGUUUACUCGAAUAUUCAGUCAAUCUACACACAUUUUUAUGACCAACCUGUAUUACUUAUGAGACAGAAAAACUAAAACCUUCAGAAAGUACUAAAUAAUUUGUAUUUACCUUUUGUUGGGACGUGCAAAUAGAGAAUGACUUCCCUAACACAGCGAAGUUCGGGCCUGGUGCAGCGGAGGACCGAGGCCUCUCGUAAUGCAGCCGCCGACAAGGAGAGGGGGUCAGAGGAUGAGGACUACGAGCCACGUCAAGAUGAAGAGGAGGAGAAGGGAGAUUCAAAAGAAACUCGACUGACAUUGAUGGAAGAAGUAUUGCUUUUGGGGUUGAAAGAUCGUGAGGGUUACACUUCCUUCUGGAAUGACUGUAUUUCUUCGGGUCUCCGAGGGUGUAUGCUAAUCGAACUGGCCUUACGAGGAAGACUGCAACUAGAGGCUUGUGUCAUUAGGAGGAAAAGCCUACUAGCCAGGAAAGUUAUCUGCAAGUCGGCUGCCCCUACAGGAGAUAUGUUGUUGGAUGAGGCUCUGAAGCAUAUCAAAGACACCCAGCCCCCAGAGACCGUCCAGAGCUGGAUAGAGCUACUGAGCGGUGAGACGUGGAACCCGUUGAAGCUGCACUAUCAGCUGAGGAAUGUCCGCGAGCGUCUGGCAAAGAACCUGGUCGAGAAAGGUGUUCUGACUACGGAGAAACAGAACUUUCUCCUCUUUGACAUGACCACACACCCACUGACCAACGACACCAUCAAACAACGCCUCGUCAAGAAGGUCCAAGAGUCGGUCUUGGACAAGUGGGUGAAUGACCCGGGGCGCUUCGACAAGCGUGUGCUGGCCCUGAUCUUCCUGGCCCACUCUUCUGACGUGCUGGAGAACGCCUUCGCCCCGCUGCUGGACGAGCAGUACGACCUGGCCAUGAAGAGGGUGCGUCUUCUGCUGGACCUGGAGCCGGAGACGGAAAGCGCUAAGGCCAACGCCAACGAGCUCCUGUGGGCCGUGGUGGCCGCCUUUACCAAAUGAAGCCCGACCAGAAAAGAAUGAAUGACGUAACUUACAAAAAAACACUAUAGAUAUCUGAGGCUCAGCUCUUAGAUCUCCCAUGUUCUGAUACGACGACAACAAUGAUGGAGACGGCAGUGAUGAUGAUGACGGCGCUGAAGAAAAUUAUCAUCGCGGCGCACGGCUCUUCCUUCCAUAUUGAGGGAGAGCUGUGAACCUUCACCUCUCAGAGUCACUGUCCUGUUCUCUCCUGGCCAGUUGGUUGACCUACAGGACCCUGUUGUGUGUCCAAAAUGGCACCCUAUUCCCUAUGUAGUGCGCUACUUUUGACCAUGGCACAUAGAGCUCCAGGCAAAAGUGGUGCACUGCAUGGGGAUGGAGUUCCAUUUGGGACCUGGCCUUUCUGUUAGCAGUGCUAGUGUAAUCUUAAGCACUAGUCAGUAGCUGGCACCUACCCAGGUCUCAGUCCUUCCAUUUUGAAGGGACUUUAAACCUCUAGGCCUUGCUUCAACACCAUGGCCCGGACCUAACUACACAAUGACCUGAUAUGAUCGUACAGAACACAAGUCAUUUUUCUUGUCUUUGCUCUUGCGUUAGUCACUUUUAGGAAGGUGUAUUCUACACAUUAUCUUUUUUUUGGCAUGACUUAUAGACUUCAUGUCUGUUUAUGUUGCUAAUAAAUGUUAACCAUCUCCAGACUAUUUUGCACAUUCAGCACCAGAGAAGAGCUUACGAUGUGUAAAAACCAACAGGAAAAAUCCUGAAAAGUUCCAUUCUAAAGACCCUUUAUUUUGUUCGUGGCACCAAACAAUGCAUGCUUUAUUCCUUUUCAGUUUAACUUUAUGUCCGCGCCUCCAUGUACUCAAGUAUCAGAGCUUUUGCAUACCCUCAGUUUUAGAUGAGAGACUUGACUCUGCAACACUGUCAUCCUAUUCCACAAAUGCAGACAUUGCACAUCUCGUCCUUGCAGGCAAAUAGGUUUUGGGUGUACAUGUUGGCAUAUUUUAAGUCCCUGAGAAGCAGAUUCUCUAUUAAAUCGGACAAAUAUUAAAGUGUCUUAGUAUACUAAAAGUGUGGCAUAAGACCAUGUUGGAGGCGCCUCUCCUAAAUUUUUUAAAUUCUAAAUCAUGUAUCCCCCACUGGCAGUAUAAUCUGAAUGCAUUUGAUUUUAUGUCAUAUGUUUAUUUUAAUUUCUACUGAGCCAUUUUAAUUGCUUUAAUAUACAGUACCAGCAAAGGUUUGGACAUAUCUAGCCACUCAAGGGUAUUCCUUUGUUUUUGCCAUUUUCUCCAUUGUAGAGUAAGUGUGAAGAUUUCAGAACUUUGAAAUAACUUUGAAUGAAUGAAUUAUGUAGUAACAAGAAAAGUGUUAAACAAAUCAAAAUAUUUUUUUUAUAAAGUAGUCUUCCUUUGCCUUGAUGCCAGCUUUGCAUUUUCUCAACCAGCUUCAUAAGGUAGUCACCUGGACUGCUUUUCCAACAGUCUGGAUGGAGUUCCCGAAAAUGCUGAUCACUUGUUGGCUGCUUUUCCUUCACUCUGCGGUCCAAAUCAUCCCGAAUCAUCUUGUUUGGGUUGAGGUUGGGUGAUCGCGGAGACGAGGUCAUUUGAUGCGUCACUUGGCCAAAUAGCCCUUACACAGGCAGGUGUUGUGCUUGGGGUCAUUGUCCGGUUGAAGAACAAAUGAUAGUCCCACUAAUCGCAAAUCAGAUGGGAUGGCUUAUCACUGCAGAAUGGUUGAGUGUGCCUUGAAUUGUAAAUAAAUCACCCACAGUGUAACCAGCAAAGCGCCUCCUCACCAUCACAUCAUGUUUCAUGGUGGGAACAACAUGUGGAGAUCAUCCCACUCUGUGUCUCACAAAGACAUGGUGGUUGGAACCGAUAAUCUCAAAUUUGGACUCAUCAGUCCAAAUUUCUUGUUUCUUGUCUGAAACAAGUAUUUUCUGAUUGCUUUCCUUUAGUAAUUCUUGUUGCCACAAUUCAACCAUGAAGGCCUUAUUCCCUCAGUUCCUUCUGAACAGUUGAUUUCGAUGUCUUUAACGUGAUCUCUGUGAAGUGUUUAUUUGGGCUGCAAUCUGAGGUGAAGUUAAUUGCUGAUUUCUGAAACUGGUACCUCUAAUGAUCUUAUCCUCUGCAGCAGCGGGAACUCUGGGUGUUCCUUUCCUGUGGCAGUCCUGAUGACAGCUAGUUUCAUCAUAGCACUUGAUGUUUUUGCAACUGACUGUACUUGAAGAAAGUUUCAAAACUCUUGACAUGUCCCCGAUUAACUGACCUUCAUGUCUUAAUGUAAUGAUGGACUGCCGUUUCUCUAUCCUUAUUUGAGAUGUUUUUGCCAUAGUAUGGACUACUACAGUGCAGCUUAUGGUCUUCUGUAUACAAAGCCUAAUGCUUUAACAAGGGAAGAAAAUCCACAAGUUAACUUAACAGGGCACACAUGUUAAUUGAAAUGUAUUCCAGUUAAAUAUCUCAUGAAGCUGGUUUAGAGAAUGUCAAGAGUGUGGAAAGGGGAGUCAUCAAUACAAAGGAUGUCUACUUUGGAGAAUCCACUGUGUGAAAUAUAUAUUGAUCUGUUAAAUGCUUGUUUAGGUUGCUACAUGAUCCCAUUUGUUUUUUCAUCAUAUUGAUGUCAUUACUAUUAUUCUACAAUGUGGAAAAUAGUAAAAAUAAAGAAAUCCCCUACAAAGAGUAGGUGUCCAAACUUUUGACUGGUACUGUAGAUGUAAUAAUGUCCUUCAGGUCUAGUUGGUCGUUGUCAAUGAUUUUAUUCCUCUUCUAUGUCUGCCAGUUGGUUGUACCGCCAUGAGUUGGGGUUGGCCCUAACUGUUGAUGCAGGGUCAGCUAUUAUUUAAUCCUCCAAAUGUUUACUUUUAGGACACAGGUUAGGGUUAGAUUAACUGAGUUGCUCCACUCCAUACGAUAUACAUGACAGUAGAUGGCUGGGUUUGACAGUGUUUGUAUUUGACCAAAGUUUUAAUAUAAAGUAUAGAUUUCAGCAAUCGAAGCCUUUACAUGGAUUAAACAGCGACACAGUAAGGACACUUUUUUAUGAAUAAAGAUAGACAGGGCUCAAUGUAGUUAGGGGUUCUGUCAGCCCCACAUAUCGUGGAGUUGAGAAACUCAGCCAUCGUUAUCUGAUUUUUCGUCUGUGAUUAUAGGUCACUUCUAUCUUAAUCAUUUGUCUCGUGGAGAGUGUACAGACAAGGUAUUGUGGAGGGUUAUGAUUUUUAGUAUGGAAGUCCUGAGAGGAAGUGAUUAUAUAAAAAUUUAUUAAAUAAUGUACAUCAAAAUGAAAGGGAUCACCUGAUUGUCUGUAUUCUUCUGUUUGCUUUUUUUUACCACACAAUAAAGGAUGGAUCUUUUAAGUGCCUGAAGAUA